CACUCAGCAGCAGUGCCCUGAGAAAUAACUCCUACCUUUAGCAGUUAUCUUUACGUACUGCUGGCAAUAUCAAAGCACGGUCCACCGUUAUUCUUUGCGGAGGAGGAAAAAGCGCAGAAAAUGUUCUGGCUUUGAGUCGCUCCUCUGGUCCGAACACAUCACAGAACCUGCUCCGAAGCCGGGGAGAUGCGCGCGCUACGUCACCUGUGUUUAUUUUAGGUGUCGCGUGCGCUGAGAAGUCUUUGGAUGACAGGAGCGCGCGGCGGUGAAGCAUCUCGCGCUCCAGCAAUCCAUAAAUUAACAGAGUUGGCUAUGUGUUAGCCAAACUGUUGUUGUUUUUAUGCUGGUUAGGUCCUAAUUGGAUUUUCUGUCGCCGGGAAACUGUUACGUAAGUUUUAUUCUUAUACUGUGCAGCAGAAUAUUUGAGCCAAAUAAAAGCCAAAAGAAAAAAAAAGAAAAGGUUGUAGGAUGGAUGUCUCCAAUUCGAAUUCUUCAUCCUUCACUUCGCCUGAUUAUCUAGAACAAGAUCACGAUCAUUACAACAACGUGCUCAUGCCCAGCAUCUUUGGUGUCAUCUGCUUCUUCGGGAUAAUUGGAAACUGUAUUGUCAUCUACACUAUUGUAAAGAAGACAAAGUUCUGCUCCAACCAAACAGUACCUGACAUAUUUAUCUUCAGCUUGUCCAUCGCAGACCUGCUCUUUCUGCUCGGCAUGCCUUUCCUCAUCCACCAGCUUGUUGGCAACGGCUCAUGGUGCUUUGGUGCCACCAUGUGCACUGUAAUAACAGCGCUCGAUUCCAACAGCCAGAUUGUCAGCACCUAUAUCCUGACUGUGAUGACACUGGACCGCUACUUGGCUACUGUCCACCCGAUCCGCUUCAAACAUGUUCGCACCCCGUUUGUGGCCGGGGCAGCCGUGGCACUAGUGUGGGUGUUUUCUCUGGUCUCCAUCACACCGGUGUGGAUGUACACAGGACUCAUGCGACUUAAGGAUGGCUCAGUCGGCUGCGCCCUCCUCCUCCCCAACCCGGCAACAGAUACCUACUGGUUCACCCUCUACCAGUUCUUCUUGGCCUUUGCUCUGCCUUUGGCGGUCAUCUGCGGCGUCUUCUUCAAGAUUCUCCAAAACGUGUCAGCUACAGUUGCUCCACUGCCCCAGCGCAGCCUGAGGAUGCGGGCCAGAAAGGUGACCCGUAUGGCAGUGGCUAUUUGCCUGGCAUUCUUCAUAUGCUGGGCCCCCUACUACAUUCUGCAGCUGGCCCACCUCGGAGUACAGCGGCCCAGCUUUGCUUUCAUGUACGCCUACAACAUCGCUAUCAGUAUGGGCUAUGCCAACAGCUGCAUCAACCCUUUUAUCUACAUUGUCUUAAGUGAAACAUUUAAGAGGCAGUUCAUUGUAGCCAUUCGGCCGCCCCACAGGGGUUUCAGAGUCGCCCCUGCUGUGGCCGAUGGCAGCAUGACUUUGAGGAUGGCACCAGAAAGCUUUCAUCCAUCUCAUUCGCAGUCAUCGAGGGAACUGCUCCCAAACACACUACCUGUCACUGUGGCUGUGCACUGAGACGGACAGUUAUCCGGUCAGCACUGCCAACUACCAUUGCCAGCUAACAGCCAUCUGCCACUGUAAACUGUUCAUAUUUCCUCUGAAAAAAAUAGUUUGCAUCAAGGUAUAUUUAAAGAGGAACUUUAACUGUCAGCAGUUCAUUUAUGUGUCAAGUGGUGGUAUAAUUUGUGACUUUUGUAGAUGUGCUCAUUGUGAGUAACAGCUGUUUAGUCACACUGUUAUCAAUAUGACUAUAAAAAAGGAACAACAGUCAACCUGUAUGAGGCACAAGGCAUUUUAAGUUUUAGCAAGCUAUAGACUAUAUGAAUAAGAUUAGAUUUGAGAACAUGACUGACUGAAAAUCCAAUGUUUAGUUUUUUUUAACAGCUUGAUUAGUCCUUGUUUUCCUAUGUGUAAGUUUCUUGUAAAUCAUUUUUUGAGUUUGAAUUGGCCAACAGUGUUUCAAUAAUGUCAACAAAGACAAAAGACAUAAAAGAAGACACUUUUUACAUCAGAUGUAGUAACAAAAUUUCGUCCUGCAUAUACAGUUACAAUACUCAGAUGCAAACCUUAUUCCUGCACCUCAACAGCUUUUAAUUUGGGAAAUGUUGAUAUUUAUCUAACUGUAUCUAAAGCUGCAAUUGGAGGAAAUCAAGAAAAGAAAAGAAAAAACUUCCAAAAGCUUAAAGUAUACAGCCCUCCUCCUGCAGACUUUCUGCAUUUGAAACACACGAUAAUAAUCGAGAUAAAAGUCAACAUUCAUUUGUGGCUUCAACCAGGGUUCAAACUUCUUCUGACCCACUGUCCCAAGACAAUGGAUUCUUGCAAUGGACUUUGUUGUUGUUUGUAGUCUCUCACCUGCUCUGGGUGAAGCCUUGUGAUUGGCUAAAAUGGGCUGGAUUUUUGGAUGCUAUCAGCCCAUUGUCAUCAUAGCUCAUCUACAAACACAAGGGCCUCCGAGACCUCAUACUAAGGUCAGUAGGCUGGUAUCAUUUAUUCCAAUAAAUAAAAUGAAAGCAGCCCUGAUAACAUAAGUGACCACAUUCAGUUGUGUGAAUAAGUAUAUAUAUAAAACCUCUGGUGGGGUCGUCACCUUGCUGAGGUACAAAAUUGAGCUUUGUAACAUGUAGUAAACGUAGCGACAGGGUGUAGUUUAACCCAAACUAUGAUCCUUUUCUAAACCUGACUUAAAUACUAAAAUACAAUUUGGAAAAACAGAAAAUAAAGGUGAACAUCCAAUGAGAUUUUAAGUCAAAAAUAACACUACAAUAAUUUUCAGAGACAAGACUUGAACUCCAGUCUGCUUGGUAAAAUCCUGCUGACUUCCACCACCAACAUCCUCCUCAACCUUCAAGCAUGGACUUUUGUUUCUCUUUGGAAGUGUAAAAUUGUGGCUCCAUCACUAUUAUAUAAGGUGAUAGUAGAGCACCACCCACUGGAUGGAACAGCCUACUGAGCACACUAGAAGACGGAGGAGGUUCCUUAGCACCAAUAUGUAUAGAAUGGUCUGGCUGCACCUUAUUAUUAUUUUGAUGUAGGGGGAAAAUGCUCUAAUGUUUGUAUGUCUUUAAACCAAUCACAGUCAUCAUGGGUGUGCUGUGGCUGCAGCACCAAUGAUCCCUUAAAAUAGUAAUGGUGCAGUUGGUUUGGUGGAACAUUUGCAUGCAGGAAGGUUAGAACUGUCUUAAAAUGAAUAAUUCACCCAAAAUAAUCUUAGCAAGAUUGGUUUAUUGCAUGAUGCAAAUCCUCAGCUCCACAUUUUCAGCAUGUGGGUUGCUGCCUGAAGGUUACUGUGUUUGUUUCGCUUAGUGGAGAAGAAUUUAGAUAACAGGAAGGUAGGAAAAAGCUGCAUUAACCUGGCCACCAGUGGCAGACUUAUUGGUAAGUCAGAUGCACAAAACAGGAGAAGGUGCAGAGGUCUAGUUUCUUCUCAGACUACCUGAGUUAAAAUAUGCUAAAAUGUUCAUAUUAUUAAGUGUUCAAUUGUGGAAAAAAUACUGCCUACUUUAACUUUAAUUGUUUUAUGUCACAAUUUGCAAUCAGUACAGUUGGUUUACAGAAUUUAUUGUGUGUCUUUAUGUUUGUGCAUCAAACAGUUCGAUGUUGUAUUUGAUUAUGAUCAUUUUUUUGGUCAUCACUUGAAUAGAAAACAUAUUAAAACGUAUUCCCGGAGUGCAUCUGUAUGCUAUCCAAUCCACGUUAAGUGCAGCUUUUACCUUUUAAAUGUUGUAAUUUUAUCUAUAUUGUGGCAGAAAAACUGUGAUUUGAUAGACUGUUUGAUCCAUCGCCUGAGUAUUUAGCACAUUUGACAGAUAAAUCACUUGUAUUCUGUAGUGGUGUACCAUUAAGCAGGCACACUCAAAGCCGUAGGCAGUGCAAGUUAUUAGAUGAAAAUCCUUACUAGUGGCCUGUAAUGAAGGGCUGCUACUUUCCUCAAAUCAUCGACUACGGAAAGACUGCACAUGGAUGAUGGUCUAUAGGCUUUUUGAACAUUGCAGUGUCAUUGCUCACGCUUCCUGAAAAUGUAUCAUGCUGAAUCUUUGUGACCGUUUGACUUCUGGUGCUGUGAUGCAGGUAUUUGUUUCUGCGUAUAUGACCAGGUAUCUUUACUGUGUUAUGACCGCUUUGGAAAUGUACACGCUGGCAUGUCUGUUGUCGUGUCUCUGUGUAUGUUCACUGGUUAUCAAAGCUCCAGGAGGUGAAGAAGACUGUUUUAUCAUAGUUGAAUAAAAAAGACUUUUCAUCAGGGGGCCAGAACUAAUUGACUUUAAUAUAAAGUUAUAAAUAGAUCUCCAAAGCGUGAUGGAUUUGAGUUUUCAGUUCUAUUCAGGAGUACAUGCAUGCUUUGUACUAUCAAAGUAGGAAACCUUGGUUAGUUUUAUAAUUUUUUUUUUUGUCAUUGCCAACAUCAAAUAAAGAAAAGUGUUGAAUUCAGUGGUAUGCAAAGUCAUUUAUCAAGGAUGAAACAUUCCAAUCCAAACAUCAGCUUAUUCUUAGUAGAGGGGGGUGACAGAGAAGCAGGUUUUCAGCUUUUCACAGUGGCAUGACUCUGUGUUCCUGCUAAUUCAAAUGUCAGGAGGAAGGAUUCAUAGCAACACACAUUAUUUUUUAAAAGAAAAUGAGUGGAAUAAAGCCAGGAUUAUAGUGCUUUAAAAUGGUAAUUCCCUAUUAUAAGAAACCCCCCGACACGACUCCAAACAUACACACACAUGCACUUCAAAAGGACAUUGCAAGGCUAUUAUUCAUGCUCAGCACUGGUAAGAGAUUAUCUUUGAGUGACUGUGUUUAUAGAACAUUAAGCCUGAUCACAAAACUGCAUGACACCGCUAAUAAAUCUUUCUCUGCCCUUGUG